CGAGGUAAGUGGUUAAUGAAAUCCCAGCUAGAUGGCAGUUUUAACGAAAAGCGAGCAGAGUGGGGAGCGAGAGGAGAUCACGUGACAUACGACGAGCCGCCCUGCGAGCGGCCGUAGCCAGCCAUUUUGAUUAGUAACAUGGCGUCAGCGGAGAUUAAUAUGGCGUCCUCGGACAUAAUAACCGAAGUGGAGAUUCAACCAGAUAUCCAGGAAGUUGAAAUCGAGACCAUACCCGUAGAAAUACCCUGUGAAACUGUAGAAACGACGAUCGAAGGAGAGGAUGGACAGCCUAUGAUCGCAUUGCAGUCUCUACCUGAGCCAGGGCGUGAAGAAAUCAUAUUGCAAACGCAAGAAGAAAUAGUUGGUGGAGACCCAUUGAGCGUUUACGAUCAAAUACCAGUGCCAGACAACGAUAUUUAUGUCGAAUCAAGCCCGGGGCCUUCCAGAAAAGGUCCCAAGAAAGCGCGCAAGGGCGGUAAUUCCAGAUUUCGAGCGCCGGAUCACACAAUAUUCGGAGACAUGGGAACGGAGACGAAGGCUAGGAAGUGGGAGCAGAAACAGGUGCAGAUUAAAACACUGGAAGGAGAGUUCUCCGUUACGAUGUGGGCCUCAGGAACCGAUGACGGGAGUGUCCUAUUAGCGUCUCACCUGGUGGAUGUUCCAGAUGAGGGCUCCAAUCCAGAGCCCGAUCCAGACUACACAGAAUACAUGACUGGCAAGUCUGUGGCGAAAUUCAACCACUCUGGUAGUUCUGUUUCUGAUGGUAUGCCGGGUCUCGAUCUUUCUGAUCCAAAACAAUUGGCAGAAUUCGCACGUCCAGGCCACAAGUUAAAAGUACGCAAGCCACCCAGCAUAGAUGGAGUCGAACGCACUAUCGCCUGCCCACACAAAGGAUGCACAAAGAUGUUUCGUGACAAUAGUGCGAUGCGCAAGCACCUUCAUACCCAUGGCCCCAGGGUACAUGUAUGCGCUGAGUGCGGGAAAGCCUUUGUUGAGAGCUCUAAGUUGAAGAGACACCAACUUGUUCACACGGGGGAAAAGCCUUUUCAAUGUACCUUUGAAGGAUGUGGAAAACGUUUCAGUUUGGACUUUAAUCUACGAACUCAUGUUAGAAUUCAUACAGGGGAUCGACCUUACGUUUGCCCUUUCGAUGGAUGUAGCAAAAAAUUUGCUCAAUCUACGAACUUAAAAUCUCACAUACUGACUCAUGCAAAGGCUAAAUCUCGCAACGCUAUCGGUAGACAGGUAUCACAGAUACAAUUACAGCAACCGCAAUUUGUUCAGGUGGAAGUCGCUGAUGUAGACAACCAACAGUUCAUCGUAUAUGCUGAUUAGCCCCUCUAAAUCCCCUAUUCCCCAAUGACCCCUUAUAAUUAUCAUAGCCUUUAAUUAUUAACCCAAACAGUGUACAUAUUUACAAGAUGCAGCGAGUGAUGAGGACAGGAGGGUACUAAAGCUAUUAGCUAUCUUAAGAGUUUGAAUCAAUUGAUCAAUAAAUACCUCUGUGCUACGAUUGAUGAUUAAAAUGAAGAAAAUAAAGAAUAAUCACAGUAAAGGAAGCACCAUAAACAUAAAAAAUCAAUUAAAUUAUACUGCUGAACCAGAGUACCUAUCAAAGACAUACAAGAUAGUUUGCGUGGUAAAAAAUAUUUGUUCCCAUUUUUAUUCAGAAUUAAGUUUUUUAGCUUCAAUGUCAGUCUUUAUAGAAAAGUUAACAAACUGUGAGAUUUUCACAAAAGUUAAAACGUAAAAUAUUUUCUAUUUUCAGAAAGACUGCUUAGUUUAAAUUUGUUCAAUUAAAUCAUAUCUAUAUUUAUACGAAUAAUGUAAUGAAUAAAUAUUUUCACAUAUUUGACUAUACAAGCCAGAAUAGCUGGAUUGCUUACGUCUAUCUCGUAUGUCCCAUGGUGCCAUUGAUCUGGGAAUAAAUGUUCAAAAGCUUGAAUUAGAGAAAAACGUCAUUAGUUCAUUAUAAUUAAACUAUGUGUAAUGG